AUGAGGUGCCAAUCAGUUCUUUGCAUUUUGUGUUUGGUGUUUGUGGAAAUCUAUGGAUUGGUGAAAUCACCCGAGAAUGAUUUUCCUACAACAUUCAAGUUUGGAGUUUCCACCUCCGCCUUCCAAAUUGAAGGAGGCUGGAAUGAAGAUGGAAGAGGACCUAGCAUUUGGGAUAUAGGAACUGCCACCCACCCCGAAAUCAUUGCGGACCGCACAAAUGCCAAUAUUGCUGCAGACUCUUAUCAUAAAGUCGACCGAGACAUUGAAAUGCUUCGAGAGCUCGGAGUGAAUUUUUACAGAUUUUCGAUAUCCUGGACACGAAUACUUCCAAAUGGAGACUUAUCGUCGUUGAAUCGUUUGGGGAUCCAGUACUAUAAUGGAUUAAUUGAUAAACUUGUUGCGAACUCAAUCGAACCAAUGGUUACCAUGUACCAUCUUGACUUACCUUAUGAGAUCCAAAAGAUUGGUGGCUUCACCAAUCCUCUCUUCCCCCAGUACUUCGAAAGUUACGCCAACGUCCUAUAUUCAAAUUUUGGAGACAGGGUCAAAUGGUGGAUGACGUUCAAUGAACCAACCGAAUAUUGCUUAAACGGAUAUGGUACUGGGGAAGAACCACCUUUUGUGAACGCGACUGGGAUUAGUGAAUACCUUUGUGUAGAUAAUACGAUUAAGGCCCAUGCCCGAGCAUACCAUCGCUAUAAAAAGGACUUCUUCAAAAAACAAGGUGGGAAAAUUGGAAUUGUUGCCAACAGCGGCUUCUUCCUUUCUAGGACAAAUGACCGGAAUAUAAUAGACAGAGGUCUUCAAUACUCCCUUGGUUGGGUAAUGCAUCCAAUCUACAGUAAAUCUGGUGGGUAUCCUGGGCUGAUGAUACGAGAUAUUGCAAGUAACAGUAAGAUGGAAGGACGAGAGUGGUCUCGACUGCCGAACCUCGAUGAAUCUACAAAGGCUUACAUCAAAGGGACUGCCGACUUCUUUGGUCUCAACUAUUACACCUCACAAUACGUUGAAUUGGGAGCUUAUGCCGGAACGAAAAAUCCAUCAUGGGAAAAUGAUGCACGAUUAAACUGUUCCGUAGAUCCUUCUUGGAAGAAAUCUUCAUGGGUUUAUAGUGUACCUGACGGCUUGGGCGGUUUAUUAAGGUGGAUAAAAAAGGAAUACAAUAAUGUUGAGGUCAUUAUAGCUGAGAAUGGUUGGCCAGAUGAUGGUCGCCUCAACGACGACGAACGUAUUGAAUACUUAACGGAACAUUUACGCCAAGUAUCCCAGGCCAUCAAAGUGCAUGAUUGCAAUGUUGUAGGAUAUGCGCACUGGAGCCUGAUGGACAAUUUCGAAUGGAAUUCAGGAUAUUCAGAAAGAUUCGGUCUGUAUUAUGUGAACAUGUCCAGUCCAGAAAGGACACGGAUACCAAAAAAAUCGGUUCGCUCAGGAUUUACCACAUACGAAUCCAAGGUGCAAACUGCUAUCAUUAGCGAGCCCUAUAAAAAACGUCACGGCGAUAUGGGCAUGUACUCGACAAACCAUAUAAUGUACUGGAAAUCAGAUAGUGUGGCUUUGUUGGGCGAAAAUAAACAGAUUACUUUACACUUACUGAAACAUUUUAUCACUCUUCGUAGGUGGAUAAAAAAGGAAUACGAUAAUAUUGAAGUUGUUAUAGCUGAGAAUGGUUGGUCAGAUGAUGGUCGCCUCAACGACGACGAUCGUGUUGAAUUCUUAACGGAACAUUUACGUGAAUUAUCCAAAGCCAUCAAAGUGCAUGGCUGCAAUGUUGUAAGAUAUUCGCACUGGAGCCUGAUGGACAAUUUCGAGUGGCUCUCAGGAUAUUCAGAAAAGUUUGGUCUGUAUUAUGUGAACAUGUCAAGUCCAGAAAGGACGCGGAUACCAAAAAAAUCGGCGAGUGUCUACAGAAGAAUAAUAGAAACGAGGAAGGUUGCUGAAAAGCUGUUGACAUGCUAAUUUUUAUUUAAA